AUGUCGAUCAACCCCAGUUCAGAAGUUACUCUAGCAAUUCGCCAGCAGCCCAACCGAGUGCUGGUGGCAGGAGAUAAAACCAAGCCAAAGCGCAAAUCUAUCGAUCCGCCUCCGAUAAUCCAGCUUUGUGUGCAAGAGCCGGGCUCAUAUCUCGCACAACACUACACGCAAAGUCCUUAUUAUUUCAUGUGCUGUAGCCUACACUAUGCCAAAGAAGAUGCCCCAGUGCUUAUUUCACAGCUUAAGGUAUUAGAAGGAGCACUCACUUCUUCUAUUCACCAUUUAAAGGAUGUGAACAACAAUGAUGGAGGCUUCUUCGUUUUUGGUGACCUCUCUGUCAAAAUUCUGGGCGAGUUUCGACUGAAGUUUACCUUGUUUGAGAUAAAAAGCAAUCAGGCCAUCUGCUUGAACUCUAUCAUAUCGGACAUAUUUAUGGUCUAUCCUCCUAAGAUAUUCCCAGGUCCAAUGGAGUCUACGUUACUCUCUCGAUGGUUUGCAGAACAGGGCGUAAAGCUCCGCAUUAGCAAGAAGUCUCGCAAUACCAUCGGUUCCUCAUACCGGGGUCCUCUGCAGAGACAAGUCCCUACAGCUAAUGCAUCCAUUGCUUAUCCGUCAGUGAGCCAAAAUUACUUGCACUACGUGCAGCGACAGAGAACCCCUCCAGUGGGCCGGCUUUUGAAUAUAUCCAGUCACCAGAAUAUGCCUACUUACAGCAGUAUCGGGAGCUACUACACUAUAGCUACUUCGACUAUCAACACAAACAAAUGA